GGAAAAAACUAAUCUUCAUUGUUGAACCUGUUGCAGAAGCUUCAGCAUCAGUUUUCUCUUUUAACAAUCAUGGAGAAGAAAGGGAGAGUUGUAAUGGAAAAGUUCGAGCUCGGGAGAUUACUCGGACAAGGAACGUUUGCCAAGGUUUACUACGCAAGAAACACGACAACAGGCCAAAGCUGCGCCAUUAAAAUCAUCGACAAAGAGAAGAUAAUGAAAGGCGGUUUGAUCGACCAAAUAAAACGUGAAAUCUCUGUGAUGAGACUCGUAAAACAUCCCAACGUCGUUCGUUUGUACGAGGUAAUGGCGAGCAAGUCGAAGAUAUAUUUUGUAAUGGAAUACGUUAAAGGCGGAGAGCUUUUCGGUAAAGUCGCCAAAGGUAAGCUCAAAGAAGACGAUGCCCGACCGUAUUUCCAACAGUUAAUCGCAGCUGUCGAUUAUUGCCAUAGCCGAGGCGUUUAUCACCGCGAUUUGAAGCCUGAGAAUCUGCUUGUCGAUGAAAAUGGAAACCUUAAAGUUUCCGAUUUUGGAUUGAGUGCUUUGAGGGAAUCGAGGAGACAAGAUGGCCUUCUUCAUACAACAUGUGGAACACCGGCUUAUGUUGCUCCUGAAGUUAUAGACAUGAAAGGCUACGAUGGUGCCAAAGUUGAUAUUUGGUCUUGUGGGGUGAUUCUUUAUGUUUUGUUGGCUGGUUUUCUUCCAUUUCACGAUGAAAAUUUGAUGGAGUUGUAUAAAAAGAUAAGAAAAGGUGAAUUUAGAUGCCCCCAAUGGUUCCCGCCAGAGGUUCGUAAGCUUCUUUCCAAGAUUCUUGAUCCUAACCCUAGUCAUCGAAUCACGGUAGCCAAACUCAUGGAAAAUAGUUGGUACAAGAAAGGAUAUAAACAUAUCGAUACCCCACCGUCGACACCCGAUCGGGAUCGUAAUAAUGACUCGAUCAUCGAAGACGUUCAUGCGGCGUUCGACGACUGGUCCUCUUUGCCACCAGGAAACGUGGAUGAUGGUGACGGUAAGACGCAAGGGUGCAUUGUGACACCAAGUUUCUUCAAUGCGUUCGAUCUCAUUGCACUCUCACAAGGUUUCGAUCUAUCGGGUUUGUUCGAGGAAGAUUUGGAUCAAAGGGAUUGCUCUCGAUUCACGUCGAAAAAACCGGCUAUCGAUAUCGUUUCCAAGUUCGAAGAAAUAGCUCAGAGUGAGUGCUUUCGGAUAAUGAACAAAGAUGGGAAGGUAAAAUUGCAGGGAGUUAAGGAAGGGAGGAAGGGAUUGCUGGCCAUUGAUGCUGAGAUAUUCGAGGUUACGCCUUCCUUUUAUGUGGUGGAGAUGACCAAAACGUCUGGGGAUACGUUGGAAUAUAAGAAGUUUUGUAAGCAAGAACUCAAGCCUUCGUUGAAGGAUAUUGUUUGGGCUUGGCAAGGAUCGGAGCAGCAAACCAUCGAUACUUAA